AUGGAAAAAGAGAAUGAGAUUUUGCUAGGGCGCCAAUUUUCCUUAGACAAAAUAAAGGAUGAUAAUUCAGCAAUCCUAUUUUACACUGGGUUUCCUGGCUAUGAAGCACUGAUAAGUUUUUUCAAGUAUCUUGAGCCAAAAUUGGGGAAAAUGCAGUACUGGAAAGGAGAACACUUAGUGAGAGAGAGCCAGCCUUAUCAAGAGGAUGAAAAUAGAAAUAAGCCUGGACCUUCCAGGAAAUUAACAUUUCUUGAUGAAUUUCUUUUAGUAUUGAUGCGACUGAAGGCUGGAUUAUUCGUGCAGGACCUUGCAGACAGGUUUGGUGUUAGUACAAGCCUUGUGUCCAGAAUAUUUAUAACCUGGAUCAAUUUGUUGUACUUGGAACUCAAAGACCUUUUCCCUUUUCCAUCACAAGAGUUGGUACGCAAAAACAUGCCAGAUGAGUUUGCCGAGUUUGCAACAACUAGAAUAAUAUUGGACUGCACGGAGAUAUUCAUUCAGCGUCCCUCUGCCAUGCUUGCGCAGUCUGAAACUUGGUCAGACUACAAGCACCACAAUACUUGGAAGCAACUUGUGGGAAUCACUCCAAAUGGGCAAGUCACCUUUCUUUCGGACCUCUGGGGUGGGCAGGUGUCGGACAAACAGAUAACCAGAGAAAGUGGAGUGCUAGAUUUAUUGAAUAGUGGUGACAAUGUUAUAGUUGACUGUGGCUUUGACAUAAAGGACAUUGUACCUGAUGGUGUCACGGUUAAUAUGCCCCCUUUUUUAGCGGGACGAGAUCAACUGACUGCAUCAGAGACAGAGGAAACUAUGACCAUCACCUCUGUGCGAAUACACGUGGAGAGGGCAAUUGGUAGGAUCAAGACUUACCAUAUUUUGGAUGGGAACUUACCCAACACUUUAAGCCCUUACGCAACACAAAUAGCCACAGUAUGUGGACUAUUGACAAAUUUUCUUCCUCCAUUGCUGCCCCCUGCAAAACCAAAACCCUAA